CAAUCAAUAAAUUUAAAGGCGUUCGUAUGUCAAAUCGUGCUCAAUGUAUGAUAUGAAUGGUACGGCAGUGACGUCAUCACGCCGGUAUGAAUGAAGGCGGAAAUAAAUUUGUAAAAAAAAAAAAAAACAACAACAAUAAAAUGGACGCCUACCUAGUUUACAGGGCUGUCCCGUCCCUCACGUUUCUGGCCCUCUCGACCUCACCCCACACCCACUCCGCCUCUUUUGUAAAAAACAAACAACCAAAAAAAAAGCAGUGGGAGGGGACGACAAAAAUGAAAUCAAUUAUACAAGUCGCCGGCUUUUCGAGGCUACCUCCUCUCUCGCUCGGCUGCUGCACAUGCGCCGCGGUGCGCCGUAAAGCCUUCACCCGGACAUCGGCUCCUCUCGCUCGGCCAUGUCGGACGGAGCCUCCGGGGGGACCGCGGAGCGCCUGGCAGGUGGCAACGCGGCGGAGGAAGGGCCGAGCCAAGCGGGCGUUUUGCUGCCUGCCGCCGAGCUGCCAAAGAAGCGCAAGGGUGAUGUGGAGGACACGAUGGACGUCCUUGUGCACCAGGGUCUUGACUUCCAAAUGGAUGAGGACCUCAACAGAUCAGAAGAUGAGCAGCAAGCCAAAAUUAAAUGCUUCAGGCAGCCUCACCGCCAGAUUGAGAAGCGGCGGCGAGACAAAAUGAACAACCUCAUCGAUGAGUUGGCCGCCAUGAUCCCCACCUGUCAGCCUAUGACCCGGAAACUGGACAAACUCACUGUGCUCCGAAAAGCCGUGCAGCACCUAAAGGCCCUUAAAGCCGGUUCUGGCAGCGCUGACGCCGCCCGCAAGCCCUCCAUCCUGCCUCAUGAUGACCUCAGACACCUUUUGCUCAGGGUUGCUGACGGCUUCCUGUUAGUUGUGAGUUGUGACCGAGCAAAAAUUUUGUUUAUCUCCGAGUCUGUCUCCAAGAUCCUCAGCUUUAGCAGGGUGGAGCUGACAGGCCAAAGUCUGUUCGACCUCAUCCACCCCAAAGACAUCAGCAAGGUGAAGGAGCAGCUGUCGUCGUCAGAGUUGAACAACCACCAACGCCUCAUCGAUGCUGCCACGGGCGUCCCUGUUCAAGCGGACACCCCCGUCACAACGUCGCACUUGUCCACUGGAGCCAGACGCUCCUUCUUCUGCCGCAUGAAGCACAGUCGAGUGGAGGGAAAGCACAAGGACAAGCGCACGCUGCCCACUGCUUCCAUUAAGAAAGACUCAAGAAGAUACUGUACCCUCCACUGCACCGGAUACAUGCGCAGCUGGCCCAGGAGCGACCUGGACUCGGAGGCCGACGCCGAGAAGGACGCGUCGGGCCUCACCUGCCUGGUGACCAUGUGUCGCGUGCAGGCCCACGCGUCUCACCAGCCCCCCAAAGAUGUCAAAAUCAAGCCCACCGAGUUUGUGACUCGCUGUGCCAUCGACGGCAAGUUCACUUUUGUAGAGCAACAAGCGACGACGGUCAUCGGUUACCUCCCGCAAGAAAUUUUGGGCACGUCUUGUUACGAGUACUUCCACCAGGAUGACCUGCAGCACCUGGUGGAAAAACACAGGCAAGUUCUGCGCAGCAAAGAGAAGCUGGAGACAAAGUGUUACAAGUUCAAAACAAAAUCUGGUCCCUACGUUUCACUCCAAAGUCAGUGGUUUAGUUUCACAAACCCGUGGACCAAAGAAGCUGAGUUUAUCGUGUCGUCAAACCGGGUCGUCUCCAGGGGGCCCAGUCAUACAAAAGACGAUGAAGCUGCAGGCAGCUCGAGAGGUCCUCAGGAGGAAUCAAAACAAAUACACAUUAUUCCAGGCCUCACAAGUGGUGUGGGCAAAAUGAUGUACGCAGGCAGCCUCGGGAGCCAAAUUGCAAAUGAACUCAUCGAUUCCUACAGGGCAAACUCGUCUCCGUCAAGCAGUAUGUCCAGCCCGUUUGGAGCAGCCCAGAGUGUACUAGAAUCCCCGCAAGCCGGCAGAAGUCUGUCUAGACGAGAGGAUGAAGCGGGAAGUUUAUCAGAGUCGAAGGCGGAGGCGGUCCCCAGCGUUUCGGAAAGUACAGGCGAGCCGUCCCAGCAGGACUUGGACAGCAUGCUGGUGCCGGGCCUGAGCAGCUUUAGCAGCGACGAGGUGGCCAUGGCGGUCAUCAUGAGCUUACUGGAGACGGACGUCAACAUGGGUCAGUCGGAGGACUUUGACGACUUACACUGGCCCUUCUGAGUCCCCCUUUCGCCUCGCUAUUCAAACCACCGCAAGGCCUCAAAAAGUCCACUCGAUGACACGUAGGGUUGAAAAUAAAACAUUACUGUUGACUUCUCCUUAAGGAAACGGCACUUGAAGUGAAUGUGUCUUCCGGUGGGAUUGAAAGACAGAAAAAAAUAUAUAUUUUUUUCUCCCCCCCACCCUGACUUGACUAUGAAAAAAAAUCUGACUGAUGACCCGCAGUUCUGCAACACAAGAAACGUAGAUUUUUUAUUUUUUUUAAAUCGUAGUUGCUUUUUUGUUUUUUUAAACAUAAUGUCCGCCACCAAAACAUGUACUUUAUUUCUUCUUGCAUUGUCUUUGGUAGAGCCAAUAAGCAUCAUGCAAAUAUUGACAUGGCGCCUCAGGCCUUAAUUUCCAGCCCACACGCCAUCACCACCACUCUCCCCAUUAACUGAAAGCUGAUCUCCAACUCUACCAAACACGAUAAAUGAAAAUAAUGCGUGGAAAAAAAUUGAAACGUAGCCUGAACCUGGGGUUGCGUCAGGUUGCUUUUGCAAUUUUGGUAAUUUUGAAUUUUCAAAUUAUUAUAACCCAACCUAAUUUAAGAUUUAUUACACCGUUGUAUGGGUCAGCUAUCAUUAGAAUGUUAUUAGAAGCAUCCAGUUCAGAUUCAAAAUUCACUUUAGUGGCUCGAUUUUUUUUGGGCGUGUAUCAGAACAAAUUUAAUAAUUUACCCCUCCUGAAUAGGCUUUAAAAAAAAUAGUUGUAAUGGCCAUACAGGGGCCACAUGUUUUAUUUAUUUUUUUAAAGCCAAUGCGGGCCAGUUAUGAUAUUAUGUCAUCAAAAUAACAUCUUGUCACCAAGAUUGUAUUGUAAUAAAAUAUUAAAUUUGUUCAGAUUCUUGCCAAAACAAAACAAGUCGCUCAGUAAAUUUUGAUAUUUGUAACGGCCAAAGCUAGACCACUUUAGGCUACCGGUAAAACUAUCAAAAUUUACCAAGCGAGUCUCUUUUUGGGGGCGUGUAUCAGAACAAAUGUAAUGAUUUACUCCCUCAUGGAGACAUCUUUUAAGGUGUCAUGGCCAUUCACAGGUUAAAUAUAAUUGCAUCACUGUAAUAGUGAUGACAAUCAAAAUGUUUGAGAAAUGUAACUUUAAAGACCUUUGGAGCGAGACGCUACAGUAAAUGCAGUCGAUGAAAGUGCUAGAAAAGAAUGCUUGCGCCCCGGUGUACUAUUGUACUGUCACGACAUAUCACUCACUUGCUGUAUCGCAAAGUCUAUAGAGUUGAACUACAGUUGCAGUUCAAAUGGGGCCAUAAUAGUAAAAAAAAAACAAAAAAAACUUGAUGUUCGGGAAAUGACUUGAAUGCCCUAUGUAUAUUUUGGAGAGGAUUGUGUUUACUGAGCUUUUUGUCACAGACAGUUGUGCAGAAUGCAAGUUGAAAGGCACGUUUGCAAUGGCUUCUGUGUUUUGGAUGCUUCUUUCCACUUAUUUAAUACCGUCUGUUUGUAUGUUGGUGAAUGUCUCAAUACCACAACAGCCUUUUGUGAACGACAACAUCAGCCUAUCUCAACAUUGCUACUGAGAAUAUGCAACGUGGUUCUGUGCACAGUUACACUUAUUUUAGAGGAGGACACGUUAAACCACUGCAAGUAGAGGCGAAAAGUCCAUUCAAUCCAACCAGAAUUGAGUGGACCACAUUGUUAGACUAAAGAACAAGACAUUUGGAGGAUGAAAAGCAAGUCAACAGGGGAGUUUAAAAAAAAAAAAAAAUAACUGUGUGAAAUCCUCUGCCUUCUUCCCGCUCAUGUAAACUACUCUGGUUUUAUCACUGGGUUCUCUAAUCUUGAGAAACAUAAUGUGAUUGUGUUGCCUUGUGUUUUUGAAUGUGUAAAAUCAACAAUGCUCUUUGGCUUUCAAAGCUGUCUUGAACCCUCUAUCAGAAGAGAAUGUGUCUUGUUCGUUUGUACGUGCUGAUUGUUGUUGAUGUUUCUGCUGCAAGGUGGAGGUUCAAUUUGGAAGUAAAGUACUUUUGUUUUAUAGGAACUGAAAUCAA